GAUGGUUAAUGCAAAUACAUUAUUCGAGAACGCGCAAGGAAGCGGAUACAAGUGUUUCGUCUGAAUAAUCACGGUUAAUACUCGUUCUUCAACAGUGAAUACCCUCUCUGUGUCACGUGCGAUCGUGUUAAAUAAUUUCUUUAUUUACCUCUUUUCCUUUUUCAACAAUCUCGUCGAAAUUUCGUUUUCUUUUCCUUUUCUUUUUCUUUGAUAAAACAAAACGUUGCAAAGAACUAUUGUAAAGAUUGGUUCGCAAGGUGUUGACUAGCACAUUAUUGUGUAAUGAGCCUUGUACAUUCGUUGAGGAUUAUUUAAAAGGUGUAAGAUUUCCUGAUUCAUUCAACACCUAAUUACCAUGGUUCAAAUGAGGCGACAAAUUUUGACUUGUGGAGGUUUACUAAAUCAGCUCCAACCCAAUGUUAGAAGGAGUUCAUCUUUACAAAUUAGAGACAAAAAAGUAAUACAACCAGAACGUUCGUUCAAGUAUGCAGAUUUGUCAGUUCGUCUUGCAGGACCAGAACAGUUACAACCAAAACCCAAUGUUAAUGCUUUAACAUUUGGAAAAUAUUUCACAGAUCAUAUGUUAAAAAUAUUUUAUCAUGAAGCAUUGGGGGGAUGGCAAGUGCCAGAAAUUACUCCAUUUGAAAAUCUAGUCCUUCAUCCAGCAUCAAAAGUGCUUCAUUAUGCUGUAGAGUUAUUUGAAGGCUUGAAAGCUUAUAGGGGAGUGGAUGGAAAAAUAAGAAUAUUCAGGCCUGACUUAAAUAUGGAACGAAUGAAUAGUACAGCAAUAAGAACUGGCUUGCCCACUUUUAUUGGAGAUGAAUUAAUUAAAUGUUGUAGUAGAUUAAUCAGUAUAGAUCAAGAAUGGGUACCUCAUUCUAUAGCUUCUAGUCUAUAUAUACGUCCUACUCUUAUAGGUAUAGAUCCCACACUUGGAGUGGCAUCUUCAGAGUCUGCUUUACUCUAUGUUAUCUUAUCACCUGUGGGUUCCUAUUUCUCAAAAACGGAUGAGGAUGUUGGUAUCUCAUUGUUAGCAAAUCCACAAUACACAAGGGCAUGGCCAGGUGGUUGUGGUAAUUAUAAAAUGGGUAGUAACUAUGGCCCUACUAUAUAUGUACAAAGAGAAGCAAAAGAAAAAGGUUUGCAGCAAGUAUUAUGGCUUUAUGGAAAAGAUCAUGAAGUAACUGAAGUUGGUACAAUGAAUAUUUUCAUGUUCUGUAUAAAUGAUGAUGGAGAAAAAGAAUUAGUAACUCCUCCUUUAUCAAGUGGUUUAAUUCUUCCCGGGAUAACAAGAAACUCUAUUUUAGCUAUAGCUAAAGAAUGGAAUCAGUUCAAAGUUAGUGAACGGAAAUUAUGUAUGGACGAAGUUUGUCAACUACUUGCAGAAAAUAGACUGUUGGAACUAUUUGGAGCAGGAACAGCCGGUAUCAUUUGUCCUAUAUCUUAUAUUGAAUUUGUUGAACGACCAUUGGACAUACCGACGUUAAAACAACCUGAUCCUGUUUAUAAAAUGUUUCUUAAACGUUUAAAGGAUAUACAAUAUGGUGUUAUACCGGACCAUCCGUGGGCGUUACCUAUCGAAUGAAACUCGAAUAAUUAGUUGAUUUGUUUAUUACAUGUUAUCAAAGAAGUUGAUAUACAAGAAUUAUUGGCGUUCAUUACAUUCGAUAUCCGAUAUUAAGAAAAAUCAAUUAAACGCCAAUUCAAGUGCUUUAUUUUUUAUUUUAUUAUUUUUAUGUGAAUGACGUGAAUUUUUAUUUAUUUAUAUCCGCGGAUGAUUCCUUCAGACGGUAUCCAAGAAGUGAAUACAUAUCUGAGAUAAAACUCAGGGAUCAACUGUUUAUCGUCAAUGGAAAAGUAAUUGUUAAAUCCUACUGUUAAUUGUAGAACUCAAUCUGACAAUUUAUAUAUAAAUACAUAAGUAUAGUGCACCAAUGACAAGAUGUCCCCUGAGAAGGGCAGAUUUGCGGCCUUCUCAUGGGACAUCUUGUCAUCGGUGCACAGUAUGUAUGCAUGUUUGCGCGCAUGUAUGUAAAUAUGAAUACUGUUAUAAAUUAAACAAUUUGUACUUACCAGAAGUAUGCAUUUUAUUUCAUUGUACAGAUCAUGUGAUUCCAUGAAUCAAUACGAAAUUUGUAAAGAAAGAUGUAAGAAAAAUGUAAAGAUAAAUAUUAAUUAAAAUAAGUUAAAUUUUUCAA